UAUUUUUAAGAAGGUUUAAUUCCGACAGUUGUGUUAAGUCGGGUUAGAGGGAGAGAUUGCCCUAAAUUUUUGUGGAGAGCAAGCGGCGAUGAAGACGGUGACGGGAAGAGUAACGAGUGAGAAACCGAUCUCUCUCUCAAAGGCGGCUACGCUUCUCUCAAGCUUCGUUUCCUCUGAGACAGAGGCCUCUCAAGACGUUGCCGCGUACCUCCGACGCGCCUCAGCUGCCUUCACUGAGCUGAAGAGCUUCCACAGGGAGAUUAGAUGUACCAAGGCAAAGGACGAGCAUAAUAAUCCGAGUGUCGAACUCGAGGAUAAGAAGAAGGAGGAGAAGAAGAAGAGCAGAGAAGAAGCUGCUGCUGAGGAGAAGGUGAUGGUGAAGUUGGACGAGGAGCAAGGGAAGAAAGAGAGGAAGAAGAAGAAGAAAGGUGAUGAAGAUGUUGUUGAGGAGAAGGUGAAUGUGAAGUUGGAAGAAGAGAGGAAGGAGAAGAAGAAGAAGAGCAAGAAGAAGAGAGGUGAAGAUGGUGAGGAGAAUGUGAAUGAAGAGAGAAAGGAGAAGAAGAAGAAACGGAAGAGUGAUGGAGAGAUUGGUUCUGAGGAGAGAAAGAGCAAGAAGAAGAAGAAGAGGAAAUCAAAGGAGAUUGAUGCUUGAACUUGCCUACUCUUGGUGAUCCUGGAGACAAUUUUGUAGUGAUUUAUUUUCAAAAGUUUCGGGUAAGUGUAGUCUAAUGAUGUCCCUAAGAUUGAUAAAGAUUUGAUUUUGUGGAACUCUUUGUUAUAGUCUUUAAUUAUCUUCAAUGGAGUUAUUGCCCUCUGUACCGUUACUAUAUCUGGAAGAUUCUUGAUUGCAAAGUUGCAAGCUUUUUAGA